CUCAUUCUCCUCCCUCUUUUUCUUUGAUUCUCAAGUAGCUUCUCUCACCCAAAUGACCGUCAAUAGUAGUAACCAGGCUCGUAGCCAUGUUGUGGUGGAUUUAGCGCCAAGACGACGACAACAAGAACAAAACAACCAAAAAAAUCCAAAAAACCUAAUCAAGCAGGAACAUGCUCUGGAAGAACUACGUUCAACUCUGCGCACUCGUUUGAGAAAACAACCUUGCACUCAGAAAAUGGACCUGUUUGAAGAGCUGGAAAGCCCCACGGUGCCAUGUUAUAGAACCUGUAUUCCCCUUGUCCACACAGACAUCGUUGCAGUCAUUGGUGUUUCCGAGAAUCCAAACCCUGCUGCGGUAUCUGGUGGGUUCGGCGUCAGUUUUGCUGACGAUCGAUACGAGCCCCUGGUCUGCAGUUUCCCAACGAAACCCGAAAUCUAUGAACACCACACCAUUUACGGUGACUGCCUGGCCUUGUCAGCCGUUUUGACACAUUUUGAGCCUAGUCGAUCAAUCACCUUCGUCAUGUCCAAUCCCAAGUUGAUAACCUAUCUCAACGAAGAGGGAUCCCUUGAACCAGCACAACUGGAAGUUAUUAGACCUUUGAUGGCGUCUUUGCGUGCCACGGCUGAAAGCAGAAAAGGAUUUAUUCAAGCGGCUGAAUGCGUUACAGAGCGUGCCAAGCUAUUGCAAGGUUAUGCCUCAAUUUUGGCGGAAGAUGCGCGAUUCAUAAGAAAUUUUUACAGCUCAAUCAAGGAGCUAAAAGUUUCUUCUGUGUCAACCCAAAAAGGAGCCUCGCAAGUUACAACAACAGCUACUACUGGUAACUCUACUACUGCUACGGCUACUCCUAGUGCUGCAAAAAUACCAAGAAUGAAAAAAUCAGGAUUUGCACCCCAGCAACAGCUGGGAUCAAGACAUCGGCAGUUAACCAAUACACCAGUGCGGUUCCAGCAGCGAAACGCCGCAUUACCGUCAUCGUCAUCAUCUCCAGCGUUGCACCUAAAUACAGGGCUCUGGUUUACUACAGACCCUACCACUGAGAAAGCAGAAGAGAUUGAGGAGGUAGGUAUAGGUCCUUCCGACAAUUCAUUCGCAAAACCAGGUCGUCAUCGAGUAGCUCGUGUUGGGCGACAAAUAUAUGAUCCUCGACGUGAUGCGAUUGAUAGGGUUAAGGCCUCUGCUCCCUCUUUCUCUUUCUCUUCGUCAGCAGGUGGUAUGGAUCGUGAAAUUGUCAAUAAGCACAUUGAUUCGAUCACGACACGCUUUGAUGAAAGAAAGGCAGCCGGAACAAAACGCAAGAUGGGCGAUGGUGGUGACGCGGUGAGUAUGUCGAGUAGUAGUAAUAAGAAAAAGCAGAAAAGGUCUGAACCAGAUGUGGUGGUGCCACAAGCGAUUAAUGGUAGUAGUAACAGCAACGAUAUCAACGAAAGCUUCGUAGCCCUAUCAUUCCGUGCUAUGCAGGAGUGGUUCACUAGCUUUUACGAAAAGUUCACAACCUAGGAAAAUUUGGUUCACCCUCCCUCCGCUCCAUCAAAAGUCUGCCGACCUUGGUCAUCCCAUCACAUGCUCUUAUUUUUUUUUAAAUCAAAUCAAUGCCUUAUCUUUAUACCAACGGUAUACGUAGUUCCAAUAAAAGAUUCUGUUAUUAUACCUCUGUGCAAUAAGAAA